UCUCAUUCUUGUUAUGUCAUUCACUGAAUAUCCAUUUGAACCAAGAAAGAGAGUACUAAGCAUACAGUCUCACACGGUUUCUGGUUAUUGUGGAAACAAGGCUGCGGUUUUUCCACUUCAAACGCUUGGAUAUGAUGUAGACAUACUCAACACUGUUCAAUUUUCUAACCAUACCGGGUAUCCCUCUUGGACAGGCAAAAAGUUUACUGCAGAAGAUGUGCAGGAAUUAUUUGACGGGUUAGAAAAGAAUGAGUUGACGGAUGAAUACACGCAUGUGUUGACAGGCUACAUUGGUAAUUAUGCUAUUUUGGAAAAGAUUGAAUUUAUGGUUCAAAAGUUGAAAUCAAAGAAUCCAAACUUGAUAUAUGUCUGUGAUACUGUCAUGGGUGAUGGAGGUGCGCUUUAUGUUGCUCCUGAAAUAGUUCCUUUGUAUAGAGAUAUCCUUCGUAUUGCUGAUUUUAUAACACCUAAUCAAUUUGAAGCAGAACUAUUAUCAGAAAUGAAGAUUGCCAAUUUAAAAGAUGCGUGUCAAGUGGCAAAGAAGCUUCAUUCCCUUGGUCCACGUAAUGUGAUCAUCACCACACUUUCAUUACCUCUCAAAGACGUCCCAGAAGAAGUCCAUCUUGAGAGCAGCACAGAUGAGUCACUCUAUUGUUUCACGAGUCAAGUGACAUCAGACGGAGACAUGGAACAAUACUUGAUCUCAUUCCCUACUUACGAAGGAUAUUUUACAGGCACAGGAGAUCUGUUUUCAUCAUUGAUUGUUGCUAGGUGCAUAGAGAAUACAUUGAUUGAUGCAGCGUAUAAAGCUGUUUGUAGUGUGAAUGCAAUCACAAGAAAUACGUUUUUUUAUCAGCAAUACUAUCAAGAAAAAUGGGAAAAGCAAGUUAAACCAAGCAAAGCGAAAGUAGUACAUAAGCAUGAGCUAUUAUUAAUUCAAGGAAAAAAGUUUAUAGAAGAUCCACAGCUUGGAAGCAAGGAUAGAAUAAAAUUCAUAAACGUUGAUCAACAAUAAAGGAAGCGAUAUUAGUUCUUUUUUAAGACUAUCUCAAUCUAUUUUUCUUUUUUCUUUUUUUAUAAACAAAACAAAAUGGG